AUUAGUCGCUGGUAUCAGUCAACGUCCGUGUACGUAAAGUUUUGGGACUUGUUCAAGAACAACAUAAACACGUUCAUCAUCGGCGUCGUCGGGAGUGUUUAUUACGAAUUUUCAGCCCACGAAACUCUUUGCUAGUGACUCAUCAUUGUGUUCUGCCAUGUGUGUAAAAUGACAGCUCCCUCAAGGUUUUACUCGGGACAUCGUGUCUCUCGGUGACUGGCGGACUGGACUGGAAGUUAGCAGUUUGAAGCAACUCCGCUGCUGAAUUUUCCCGGGAAAAAGUGAUGAAUCAAUUAACGUCGCAGGGAGCUACCCAACAGUGGAUGAUUUAGACUGCCCUGAGUUUGAACCAUGUCCGGAGCGGUAGGUUUGCUGGCUGAGAUUACCGUGGACCAGUUUGGCAGCUGCGGCUUAUCCAACCCAACGUCAACUGUGACCCCAUCAACAACCUCUGGUAUUAGCACGGACUCCACCCAGAAAGCAUCCAGGGGCAUCAUGAACUUCAGCAAGUCGGACCUGCUGCGUCUGCUGGGGUUACUGGAAGCCGAGCUGCAGGCCAGGGAGUUAGUCAUUGCCAGCCUCAAGGCUGAACGCACCAAGCUCCUGCGUCCCGCUAGCAGCCAGCAGCGCUACACCGUAGCAAACCCGUACACAGCUCUGGGCCGAGACCUGGACGGCAACGGUAACAGCAACAACAGUAGCAGCUUCGGCGGCAGUGAGGAAGACAGCAAGGAGGACAAGCAGGGCAACGCCCUGGCCUACCUGGAGGCCAUGGUGGCCAAGCAUAAGAAAGCUGAGACUGAGAUGAGACAGCAGGUGGAAGGGUUGAAGGAGAGCCAUGCUAAGAUGGUAACAGAACUGGACGAGGAGAAGCAAAAACAUGCCAAUGAUACAGCUCAGGGAGAUGACGUCACCUACAUGUUGGAAAAGGAAAGAGAGCGACUUGCACAACAGCUUGACUUUGAAAAAGCUCAACAGAAGAAGUUGGAGAAAGAGACCAAGAGGUCUCAAGCAGCUGUGGUCCAGGAACGCAAGAAGCACCUCCAGUUUGCCAAGGUCAUUCUCGAUGAGCGCAAGGUUCUCCUGAUGGAGCUCGGCGCGAUGAAACAGAGGAUGGAAGAGCUGGAGGACUUGAUGAUUGUCAAGGAAGCCCAGCUGGCCAGCGCCAAGGGCUGCCUUCACAAGGAGAGGAAGCACCUCACCAAAAUGGAAGCCGGGAUGGAGAAGCGGCUUUCCGAGUUUGACAUGGAGCGUGAGCAGCUCCGGGCAAAGCUCAAACGAGAGGAAAACAGGACGCGAGAGCUCAGAGAAGAGCUGGACACAGCCAGCAACUGCAUCAAUGACUUACAGCUGGCCCUGGCAGAAGCAGGGCACACUGAUGCUUCCAACGGGAACCAAGAGAAUCCCACCUCUGCCACCAACGGUAGAGACAUCAGGGGAAAGCCUCUAGGGAGGGUAACAGGGUCUCCGAUUCCAGCUGCCAAUGCAAGCAGGAUUGGUACACCAAGAGGAAUGAGGACCCCACCACGAUAUGACAAAUCUGAGAGCUCCUCUUCUGGGUCUGAGGAGUUGUGUAGUCCCCUGAGUCCCGUGACCUCCAUCGUUAAGCCUGUGGCAGGAAAACCCAAGAAAAGUGGCUACCAACCUCAAUAUGGAACAACUGGGAAACAAGCCGAUACAAGGAGUGUCGAAAGUGAUAAUGGAAAAACUGAGGUUAAGACAUCUGCCAAGCAGAAGGGUUCCUUAUUGUAUUCAAAAGGGAAUGGAAAGACCUUGAGUCCAGCCACAAGUCUUGAUCGAUUGAACAGAGCCAAUACAUCAUCUCCCCCACCUCAGAGAGGGAGUAAGAUCCCAUCCAGUACAGGGAGUGCUGCAAGGGCUUCCUUGAUGUCACCGCAGCAAAACAGGAAAGGAUCUGGGGAAAUUGAGAGGCCGAGCCCAAGGCAGCCAAUCACACCUUCUCCCAAACCUACAGCAACUAAUUUAGUGAGGCCUACGGCUCUCAGUAGCUCCCCGUUCAUGAAGGCAGUUGAUGCCUUCAAGGCUGGUCCAAAGAAAGCUAUACCAGGGCUUCCAGGAGUGCAGCAGCAACCAUCUGCCGUCCCCUUUCACUCCACUGCCAAAACAGGUUCUCCCAGUGUACCGAAAGCUGCCGUAUCUCCCCUGGUGAAUACAGCUAGGAAGCCACAGACCUCUAAGCCACCAACACCAACCCAGCCAACAGCACCUGUCUCCAGAACAAACCCACCAAGUCCUUCAGGCAGCAUCACUCCAACUGGAGCAGUUCCCAGUACACAGCCUGCUCCAAAGUCGGGUGCCCAGCCACCCGUGUUCACGCCCCCGGUCAAGCGCACCGUCUCACCACGAGGUACCCCACCACCAGUACCACCCAACAAGCCUACUCUCAUCCCUCAAAAGACUAACGCUUCUUCUUCAUCAUGCACUUCUACUACCACAAUCACUUCUCCCGCUACCACGCCACUCAGCAAAUCUGAUGCCAACAAGAACGUGUCAAGCCCCUUGCAGUCCCCUCCGGUCUCAGUGCGGAGGUCCGACUCCCUAGUGGAGGCCCGUAGACAGUUCUACACCAAUAAGCUGAGUGGUGGUCAAACUAACCUGCGGGGCGGCCUGGAUAACCAACUGCUAAUCAGUGCUAACAACAAUUCCAACAACUCAAACGCUAUUGACACUCUUGCCAUUGACACUAACGACGAUUUUCUUUACGACGCCGGCGAGCAGCUUGGCCCGCCCUUGCCAAACCACGCCCAAGCCGCGCCCACUGCACAGAAAUCCACAACCCAGGUGGGUGCGGACAUGCAGUCAGUUUUAAAGUACAGCGAAGCCCCGCCCAUUCAUAGCGAUCAUGGCUUUUACCAUAACACCCUAGGGCCACGUCCUGAAGGUAGCGCCCCUGUUAUAGCCCGGCUUCCCCCUUCCACUGCCUCCGCAAGUUCCCCACUUCACCUGGCCGCAGUGGAAGGGGACACCGCCACCAUCUGUAGAUUAAUAGAAGAGAACCACAGCCCCGCGACCAGAGAAAUUGAUGGCUCUACCCCUGUACACGCUGCGGCCGAGCACGGCCAAUUAGAUUGUUUAGAAUUACUUUUAGACCUCGGAGGCGACGUCAACCUAACGAGAACGGACGGCGUCUCACCCCUACACAGCGCUGCCGGACAAGGGCAUGCUGGAUGCUUGAAUGUCCUACUUGAGAGAAACUGUAACCCCUGUACCCCAGACGCCCUAGGCUGGUACCCACUCCACUGGGCAGCAGCUAACGGUCAUGCAGACUGCGUCAGAAUCCUUAUUGACUGUGGAGCACCUAGAGACUGUCUCACAAAGGGUGGAUGGAGCCCUUUGCACUGUGCCGCCAAAUACAACCGAACCAGAUGCCUGCAAAUCCUACUCUACCACCCCCAUCCCACCGCUGACACCGAAACCCAACCAGACAACAGCCAAUCAGCUGCUAGGGUUGUAUCAUGUGACCUACUCAACAUGGCAGACCAGGAGGGAUGGACUGCCGCCCACGUGGCGGCGUCCACGGGACAAAAAGAAUGUCUUGAGGCGCUGUGUGACUACGGCGACCUGAACCUUGACGCCCGAGACAAAUGGCGGAGAACUCCGAGUGAUGUUGCCGUCGACGCUUGCAAAGAGUUCCUCUCAAGUCUAGAGGGGAAGAAAGUACGAGUUUCGAUCGACCUCGGAGGAAACACCAGCAACAUGCUCAGCAACCAGAGGGAAGAAAACAAGUGCUAUGUCAUAGGUCAGCUGACUGUACGACCCGGAAUGACCUGGGUGACCUUUGACCGCUGUAUGGCAUCAGUUCUGUCCAAUCACUCCCGGGAUUUAGAAGGUUGCGCUCGGUUGAAAUCGGACACUGAUAAUGAGAGUGAAGAAGGCUCUGAUUCCUGCCUGGAUCUGGGGCUGAGUGCCAACAGCAUCAAGUCAUAUGUGGCAGGUAACUUGCAGUGGUCACCGGGUGAGGGUCCACAGACCAUGCAGCCUUAUGAGAUGUUUGGCUUGACCCCUGAGGUCACGGUCCAUCUCUGUGGUAUUGACGUCGGACGACUGGACCAGAUUGCCUACGAGACGCUCAUCCCGACGACCAUCCUGCAAAAUUAUGUCCGAUUGAUUGAGCAGUACAAGAGUGUUGUAUUCUAUGGCCCAUCUGGCACUGGCAAGACACUGUUAGUAUCGCGGCUUGCAGAGUAUGUCAAGAACAAACAGCAGCAACUGAACGUCAAGAGCACGAUCAACCACAUCUCACUACAUUCCAAGCUAACUCAGCAAGAACUCACCAAGUUACUAUGCAACAAUGGUGUUUUUAUCCAAACCUCUGACAUCGCAACACCCAAAGCAAUACCAAUCCUAGUACUAGACAACCUGGACAAGUCCACUCUGCCGGUGUUGUCAGACCUGCUGAAGGGACUAGAGCAUAGAGGCUCACAGCAACCCAUCGCACUGUCACCCCUGCAAGGGAGUGGGCAAUUCCACCUUCAUCCUGAGUGUAUCGUGAUUGGCACCAUGGACAAAAGCAGCUCCGGCUUGGAUCUAUCCACCCAGCACUGUUUCCGUUGGGUCCACCUCCACCACGACAGGGAACCGGUGGCCAGCACCUUACCCCGCUACCUACUACGACGUCUCAUCAGCCGUGCCGGCGGCCGGCUCCCCGCAGCCGAGGACCCGGCCUACCGGGCCAUGGAGUGGAUCUGCAACGUCUGGCAGCGACUCAACGACUGUUUCCUGCGGCUCAAGCUCAAGCACACUGUGCUGGGCCCUAGGCACUUUCGGGCGUGCCCUGUGGACUCAGAAGGGCCCAACUCGGUAUUCAGAUGGUUUUGCUUGUCUUGGAACCACGCCAUCGCACCGCAGAUCGAGGACACGCUCCGCAGAAAGAACUCUGCCAACUCGCACAACUACCAGCGUCUGGUCAGCACUACGCUCUACGUCUUGCUGCAGAGGGCCGUCUUCCCUGGGUGUCCCUUCAUGGGGGAAGAAGCAGAUGAUUACAUGUCCAGUUUCCGGGGAGUCAACGAACUCUUAGCUCAGCUGUCCUCACAAAAAACUAACAGUCUCAAACGCUCACCACGGCGGAGUAAAAGUCUCGAUCGCAGUAAGACAAGCAACAAAGCGGCGUUGAUGGCAAGCAAACAGCAGUCUGCUUUGGAUCUAGAUGGUCAUCAUUCAGAUAUGCAUCGCAGCACAAGAUCGAUGAUACCAAGACGCGUCCCAAAACUGCAGGCUAAAAUGACCAGUGACAGUAAUAGCAACCCGGUCAGCUCAAUCCAGCCUGAUCUGAUCCCCUCCUCUCCCAUCGAAGACAAGGAUCUCCUGGAAUCUCUCCUGCAGCUCCAGGGAGUCCCCGUGGACUCCAACUUGGACCAGCUGACCCAGCUUCACGAGAAUCUCCUCAUGGGCAAGAAGCCCGGAGGGAGGGUCGUCGGUGGAGGCAAGAGGAAAACAGAGGGUCAGGGGAAGGGAGAGAAACAGAUGAAGAGACCAAGCCCCGAGGAUGGGUCAGCAUCGGCGACGUCGUCGGGAGCGGCCACGGGACGGCACGAGAAGUCGCGGAAGAGGAGCAAGGAUGAAGACGGGGUGUGGGACGUCUGGGAAGAAACGGUUUAGCUAGAUCGACUGUUCAGGCUCUCGAUUAUGGGUCUCAAAAGUAUGUGCACAAAACAGGGAUACCACACAUGUCCAAGUACUUGGAUCAUUCUGUAAAUUUAGGGCCAAUAGUCUGACAUUCUUUCCUGUCCCUGUUUCCUUGAUACUUUGUGAUGUGCCAUUCAAGAAUCAUUAAAACUACAUUUGUACUUCAGACAAUGUUUUUAUUUGUUGGGUAGGUAGUUUGCAAGUCAUAAUCACUCUGGAAGGAUAGGAGUUCAUCAGAAUUAUAAAAUCACAGAUGUCAGAUGGGACAGGGGGAAAAGUGAACCCGAUUUAUAGAAUGAUCUAUAUGCACUAGGACACAGAGUCAAGUUCGACUGAGUUCGACAGUAGAAUGCAGUAACGAGGAACACCACUAAAGUAAACAUUUGGCUGUAAGGAACAUCUCCAUUGCUCCAAUUUUUACCUACAAUUAUGGAGCAUUGGCAGCCGAAAAUCACUGUAACAAAUGACCAGUAAACGGAACAACCUUAUUGUAACAAUUUGUGUCAUUACCAUUCAAGCAUACAUGUACCUGUGUCAGGGUGGGCGUCCAAACUUUCAAAUACCUACUCAGUCAACGUACCAGUAGUCUUGGUGUUAAGGCUGUAUUUCCAGCAUGCUUCAGGACUCCGAUUAGCUCUGUACUGAAAAUCCAUCUCGCUGGAAAAAUUGAAAAUUCUCUGAGAGUGUUUAAACCAGGCACACCUUGGUUUGAAUUGAUAGUUAGAAACUCACCACACAGCGUGAAACUCAUGUUCCUUGAAAAAUAACAAACGAAUGUGAAACACUGUUUAUGUUGUUAGUAUGCCUUCUGAUGUCAACAUUCCAUGGAGUCAAACGGAUUUCACUAAGGGACUGCACGCAAAUUCAAUUGAGUUUCGCAGUUUUCAUUCAAUUUUGUGGUGUAGUGCACUUCUAUUUAAAAAAAAAAGAAAGCUAUUACGUGCUGUGCCAACUAUGAAAGAUUGGAUGCAUUCAAUACGUUUGAUACUGUGAGUUCUCACUUCAUUCAAAUUCCAACAAUGGAAAAAUCUUGAAAGAAAAAAAAAUAAUAAUUUUACAGAGCAUUCAUGAAAUUCCUGAGGCAGCUCUCCUUUGUCGUAUAUGCAUGACCUUGAUAGUCUGAUAACCAGACUUCUAUGCCAAUAACAAUGCCUUCCAUUUUUCAGCUUCUUGUAUCCCACCUUUUUUACUGACUAUCUGUAUGCUGCAUUGUUCUUUUAAGGCAAAAAGAAAAUGUUUUAUACCAUUUCUACAAUUUUGGAUAUUGAAAAACAAGAAAGAGAUCAGUCAAUUCAGAAACUAUUAGACAAAAACAUGUGCCUAUCUGUGGAACAGAAUGCCUUCAUUUCCAGAUCUUUCAAAAGCACUGAUUUUAAGUGGCAGUUUUUACCUCUCGUCAGUUUUUUAUAGAAGCAAAUUUAAAGGAUCAACAGUUGCUGAUUCUUCCACAUAUCACGUGACCAGAUCUGGGAAGACAAAUUUAUGCAAAGUUUCAAAACCGUUUUAACGUGAGCACAAGACUCAUUGGUAUAUUUUGUUUCACUGUAGGCUUAUUGCAUUUUAAGAGCUUGUUUAAUGUCUAAGUUAAUGUCUCAGUAGCAUGUUUACUUUCCCAGAUUUGGUCACGUGUAACAUUUCUGUGGUUGAUCAGUAGGGUAACAAUCAAUGUUCUAUUUUGGUGUAAUUGUACAAAAAUCAAGACUUUUGACAAAUGAUCAGCCAUACAAAGUCUUCUCAUCAAUGUAGCCUAAGCACUGCAUGCCUUCCUUUGCUAGUUGGAAUUUUUUUUCCACACUCAAAAGAUUUUGAACAUUUUGUAGUAGAACUUGAUACAAAUUACAGUAAUUUGUUU